UCCAUCUACAUUGGCGUCCCGGUGCCUCGAGGAUAUCGGCGAAAACGCAGGCGAAGGCGCUCUAGUCGUGAGGCCGCUGACAUGGACAGGGACAGACGCUACAGCCACCACAGACACCACGAGCAGGACCGCUACAGAGACAUAGAUAUAGAGGAAGGACUGAUGGAUUCAAACGAGCAGAGUCUCCAGGACAUCAGCCGCACAAUGUCUCCGGCGGCAGAGCGGCUACGCUACAUCCUGAGCGAAGACGACGACAUGCCCACGCCGACGCUCUUCACUGAGAUGGACACUCUGCAGCGAGAAGGAGACGAGCUGGAGUGGAAGGAGUCGGCCAGGUGGGUGAAGUUCGAGGAGAAGGUGGAGGAGGGAGGAGAGCGGUGGAGUAAACCGCACGUGUCCACCCUGUCCCUGCACAGCCUUUUUGAGCUCAGGACGUGUCUCCAGACGGGGACGGUGCUGCUGGACCUGGAGGGCUACUCACUGCCUCAGAUAGUUGAUGACAUCAUUGAGAGACAGAUCGAGGAAGGCGUGAUAUCUCCUGAGCUGAGAGAGAAGAUCAGCUUUGUCCUGCUGAGGAAACAUCGACACCAGACCAAGAAGCCAAUCCACCGCUCGCUAGCCGACAUCGGCAAAUCCAGCUCUUCCACCAGUGAGCGUGGUCCGGGGCCAGUUCCGGGGCCAGUGUCCAACUUUAACCGGUCCACAGAGGACCUCCGAAUGAAACAGCAGUCUGCCAACUAUGGUCGCCUGCGUCACGCCCAGAGCAGGAGUAUGAAUGAUAUUGCAGAUACUCCCAGCACAGACCAGCUAAAAAAUAAAUUCAUGAAGAAGAUUCCCAGAGAUGCAGAGGCAUCUAACGUCUUGGUGGGCGAAGUGGAUUUCCUCAACAAGCCCUUCGUAGCCUUUGUCCGCCUGGCCCAAGCUACAACACUUGGAGGUCUGACUGAGGUCCCUGUUCCCACCAGAUUCCUGUUUAUUCUCCUGGGACCCCAAGGAAAGGCCAAGUCCUAUAAUGAGAUCGGCCGAGCCAUAGCAACCCUAAUGGUGGAUGAUCUCUUCAGUGAUGUAGCCUACAAGGCCAGAGAUCGCGAGGACCUCAUCGCUGGCAUAGAUGAGUUUUUGGAUGAAGUGAUUGUCCUUCCACCUGGAGAAUGGGACCCCAAAAUCCGCAUCGAGCCACCCAAGAAAGUCCCCUCAGCUGACAAAAGGAAGUCAGUGUUUUCCUUAAACGAGCUGGGGCAGAUGAACGGUACAGCGGGAGGAGGAGGAGGCCUGGCUCAGGACGAGGAGAUGCCAGAGCAACACGAGCUCGGGGAAGAAUUGGCCUUCACUGGACGCUUCUGCGGUGGUCUGUACCUGGACAUAAAACGGAAAUUACCAUGGCUACCUAGUGAUUUCUAUGAGGGUUUCCACAUUCAGUCCAUCUCCGCUGUGCUCUUCAUUUACUUGGGCUGCAUUACCAAUGCCAUCACCUUUGGCGGCCUGCUGGGCGAUGCUACCGACAACUACCAGGGUGUGAUGGAGAGUUUCCUUGGUACAGCUCUGGCUGGUUCUGUCUUCUGUCUCUUCAGCGGUCAGCCCCUCAUCAUCCUCAGCUCCACAGGGCCCAUCCUCAUCUUUGAAAAACUCCUGUUUGAAUUCAGCAAGAACAACAACAUAGACUACAUGGAGCUGCGUCUGUGGAUCGGCAUCCACUCCUGCCUGCAGUGUUUCAUCCUGGUAGCUACAGACGCCAGCUACAUCAUUAAGUACAUGACACGUUUCACUGAGGAGGGCUUCUCCAGCCUCAUCUCCUUCAUCUUCAUCUCUGACGCCAUCAAGAAGAUGGUGGGCUCCUUCAAAUAUUACCCCAUCAACACUGACUACAAGCCCGACGACGUCACCACGUACAAGUGCGAAUGCCUGGCCCCAGACCCGAUUCCAAUGCCAGAUAACAGCUCUAGUGUCUCUGGGUUGAAUGUGACAGCUCUGGACUGGAGCCAACUGAGCAAGAAGGAGUGUCUGAAGUACGGAGGCUCUCUGGUGGGAAAGUCGUGCAAGUUCGUCCCCGACCUGGCCCUGAUGUCCUUCAUCCUCUUCUUCGGCACCUACUCCAUGACCGUCUCCCUCAAGAAGUUCAAGUUCAGCCGCUACUUCCCCACCAAGCUGAGGAAACUCAUCAGUGACUUCUCCAUCUUCAUGUCCAUCAUGACGUUCGUGGGCCUUGACAUGUUGAUGGGACUCAAAACUCCCAAGCUAAUCGUCCCCACGGAAUUUAAGCCGACUCGUCCGGAUCGUGGCUGGCUGGUGAUGCCAUUUGGUAAGAACCCGUGGUGGGUUUAUCUGGCCAGCUUCGUCCCUGCCCUACUCGUCACUAUCCUCAUCUUCAUGGACCAGCAGAUCAGCGCUGUCAUUGUUAACCGCAAGGAGAACAAACUGAAGAAAGGCUGUGGCUACCACCUGGAUCUGUUCUGGGUGGGGGUCCUAAUGGCCGCCUGCUCCUUCAUGGGCCUGCCCUGGUACGUCGCCGCCACCGUCAUCUCCAUCGCCCACAUCGACUCACUGAAGAUGGAGAGUGAGUCGAGCGCUCCCGGAGAACAGCCUCAGUUCCUUGGAGUCAGAGAACAGAGGAUCACAGGCAUUUUGGUGUUUGCUCUCACUGGAGUCUCCAUCUUCCUCGCUCCAAUACUAAAGUUCAUCCCCAUGCCUGUGCUGUAUGGGGUCUUCCUCUACAUGGGCGUGGCUUCCCUCAGUGGGAUCCAGUUCUGGGACAGGAUUAAAUUGUACAUGAUGCCGUCCAAGCACCAGCCUGACUUCUCUUACCUCCGUCACGUUCCCCUGAGGAAGGUGCAUCUCUUCACACUGGUCCAGAUCAUAUGCCUGGCUGUGCUCUGGAUCCUCAAGUCCACCUUCUUGGCCAUCAUCUUCCCCGUUAUGAUACUGGGUCUGAUGGUCGUCCGAAAGAUGCUGGACAUGGUCUUCUCCCAGCACGACCUGGCCUGGCUGGACGACCUCCUUCCUGAGAAAGAAAAGAAGAAGAAGGAUGACGCAAAGAAGAAGGGCAAGGAGAAGGAGAAGAGGAAGCCCAAAGAAGAUGACAGCGAGGAAGAGGACAAAUCCCACGCCUACUCCAACCACUCGCCCAGCUCAGAGUCAGACUUGGAUCGCAGCAUCACCCUCCACCUGAAGAUCUCCUGCCCGUCGUCCCCGGCCAUGCCCAUGGGCCGAGGGAUGGCCUGCCCCGUGCCCCAGGUCAAGAUCGAGAUGGAGUCGGACUACGACUCGGACAUCGACCACCACCGCCCUCGGGACAUGAGCAGCGAGACCACGUUAUAA